CCCCCUCCCCCCCCCCGCGUCUGUCAGCCGGCGAUCGCCGGAGAUGUCAUGGCUUGCCCGCUCCAUAGCCACCUCCCUCAACAUCCCCGAGGAUUCAGGCGCCGACGACGACCCCGACGCCGUCCCCGCAGCCGGCUCCCCUCCCUCCGCGCGCGCCCCGCCGCCGCCUCACUCGGCCGCGGCGGACGGCGUCAAGGAGGACCUCACCGAGCUAUCCAAAACCCUAAAUCGCCAAUUCUGGGGCGUCGCCAACUUCCUCGCGCCCCCGCCCGGGGAGGGCUCGCCCUCGCCCUCGCCCUCCCCUUCGUCCGCGGGGGGUCAAUCCGCCGACGCGGGGACGCCCCCUGAGAUUGCCGGGAUCCGGCGCGACUUCUCCGAGAUCAGCGGCAGGUUCAGGAGCGGGAUCUCGCGGAUCUCGAGCCACAAGGCCGUCUCCGGGUUCUCCAGCAUCGCCUCCAAUUUCUUCGCCCCUGAAGACGGGGAAGAGGAGGAGUUGCUCGAGGCUGUCAACGACGAGGGGGAGGAUGAUGCGAGGCUAAAUAAGCCGGAGAAUGAGGAAGAGGCGAGGCAUGAGAGGGAGGAUGCCGAGGGGAGGCAUUACUUGGAGAGGAUGGCACGGCUUGGGGUGGCAGACGACGAGGUGAGGGAUGAGUGGAAGGAGCAAAGGGUCAGACAUCAGGCGUAUGACAACGAGGAGAGGGAUGAGUGGGAGGAGCAAAGGUUCAGACAUCGGGCGGAUGACGGCAAGGUAUGGCCUGAGGAGCUCGAGGAGGUGGAUGGCCCUGAGCUGGAACGGGCGAGGGUAAUGCAAGAGGAGGAGGUGGAGGAGGAGUGGGAUGUGAUUGGCAUCACCGACGAGGUCCUCACAUUCGCCACCAACAUUGCCAGGCACCCGGAGACCUGGCUUGACUUUCCCCUGCUACCUGACGAAGAGGAGUCUGAUGGCCCAUUCUCAUAUUUUGACAUGUCUGAUGCUCAGCAAGAGCAUGCUUUGGCUAUUGGGCACCUCGCUCCUACAUUAGCUGCUUUGCGGAUUGAACUAUGCCCAAUCCAUAUGAGCGAAGAAUGCUUUUGGAAAAUUUAUUUUGUUCUUCUACAUCCUAGACUGAGAAAGCAUGAUGCGGAACUUCUGUCCACACCACAGAUUGUGGAAGCUAGAGCAAUGCUUAUGCAACACCAGUCAAAGCAGCAUGCAACAGAGCAGUUACGUCGCCAUAAAGAUGACUUUGGAACACAUUCGGAAGAUGACAGCUCCAAGGACGUCAUGGAAGCGUUCCCAUCUGUGCGACAACAUGCAGCUUCGUUCACCCCCAUAACAGAUUUUGAGAUUGAAAAACAUCCUAUCCAAGUAAAUGAAGUCGCAGUGGUGGACAAAACAGUCAUCAAAGAGCAGCUGAGGGAGGAGGGCAGCAAGGCCUCAAAUGUUAUGCAAGAAACAUUUGAUGACGACAUAGACGAUUGGUUUGACGAGGAGGCCGAUCUCGCUGGGCACACCACCAUUCUCAUAGGCGAUGAGGAAGAUGUGUCAUUCAGUGAUUUGGAGGAUGACGAUGAUACGAAAUGAUCAUCAUCCAAAAUCCAAGCCAACCUCAGCCUGAAAACCGGGACCCGGUCAAAAUUGAUUGUUCUUCAAUAGAAAGAAGGGAAGUUGUACAAUGAAAAGGGAGCAAAUUCAGGGCCAACUUCAACCUGAAUGAAAACUGGAAAGCGGUUGAAAUUGCUUGUUUGUUAAUAGAACGGAAGUUUUGUGUACAAUGAAAGGGGAGCGGCUCCAUUUUGGUUUUAAGCUGCUCGGUUGGAUGCAAUGGUAAUAUAUAUAUAUACAGUGGGUGGGGGUGCCGUAUGGUUUGUAA